AAAUGCUGUGAAAACGUAUAUAAGCUGUUGUCAACGGGCUCCAAGAGAGGUUCUUUUCUUUAGCCAGUUGGCAGCCCGAAAGCUUCUGCCCCUCAGCUCACACAGAAGCAGCAGAGGAGCGGCGUGUGGCGCCUUGCUUGCUAAACUUGAUGGCAAAGAGUAACACUUUUAAUCAAUGACUGCAUCAAGACAAGCGGUUAUGUUCCGCCUACCACCUCUUCCAACAAUUGGAGAAAUUAUUAAACUGUUUAAGCUCAAAGCUGAAAAGCAGCUGUCCCAGAACUUUCUUCUGGAUCUGAGACUUACAGAUAAGAUAGUGAGAAAAGCUGGCAGUCUGAAAGAUGCGCAUGUGUGCGAGGUAGGCCCUGGGCCAGGAGGAAUCACAAGAUCUAUUUUGAAUGCUGGUGUUGCAGAAGUCCUGUUAAUUGAGAAAGAUCCUCGUUUUAUUCCAGGGCUUCAGAUGUUGUCUGAUGCAGCUCCAGGAAAAGUUCGUAUUGUUCAUGGAGACAUUUUAACGUAUAAUAAAUUAGGCAAAGCUUUUCCAGAACACCUUAUGAAGAACUGGGAAGAUGAUCCACCAGACAUACAUAUUAUAGGAAAUCUACCUUUUAGUGUUUCAACUCCCCUAAUAAUCAAGUGGCUUGAGAAUAUAUCAAAGAGAGAUGGACCUUUUAGAUAUGGUAGAAUACAGAUGACAUUGACCUUUCAGAAGGAGGUUGGGGAGAGAUUGACAGCUAGUACAGGAGCCAGGCAGCGAAGCAGACUUUCCAUUAUGUCUCAGUACUUGUGCACUGUUCACAAGUGUUUCACAAUUCCAGGUCGAGCUUUUGUUCCAAAGCCAGAGGUGGAUGUGACUGUCGUUCAUUUUACCCCAUUGGUGCAACCAAAAAUAGAACAGCCAUUUAAGCUGGUGGAGAAAGUUGUCCGAACUGUGUUUCAGUUCAGAAGGAAAUAUUGUCAUCAAAGUGUACGGGUCUUAUUUCCAGAAGCUGAACGUUUAGAAAAAGCAGAACAGCUACUCAAGCUGGCAGAUGUUGAUCCAAUUCUGCGCCCGACUCAACUUUCCAUGUUUCAUUUUAAAAGCCUUUGUGAUGUCUAUAGAAAAAUGUGUGAUGAAGACCCAAAACUUUUUACAUAUAACUAUAGGGAUGAAUUGACAGAGAAGCGAAACAGGAAGAGGAGCAGAUUUUGCAAGACCGAGGAUGAUGUGAUCUAGCUCAUUCUAGAAAAGAAACCAGCGGCGAUGUGUGUUUUUCUGUCGAGUGGAAUGAAAUACAUUCUAAUUUGGAAUGUUAAG